AUGUUGAUACCCGAGGGGGAAAAUGGAGGACGUGUCUUGCUGGAUGUCGACUUCUCGCUGCUCGCGUUGACCGUCAUAGUCGUCGCCGGCCGAGUCUUCUCGAGAUUCAAGAUGCAGGGAAAGCUGAGGAGUGAUGAUGUGUUCAUCCUUCUUUCCACCCUCCUCUUCAUAGCCCUCGUCGUACUGCACAGCGUGAUGGUGUUCGACUACCAUCUCGGCAAGUCAACCGCAACUCUCGCGCAAACAGACAUCCGCACGCAAGCACUCAUCGGCGGUAUCGCGCGCAUCCUCUACCUUCCCGCCACGGCACUGAUCCGGGUGUCGGUGCUCCUCCUGACGCGCCGCCUCUCGCCCUACUGCUGGGUGCGGCACAGCACCACAGUCCUAACGAUCUGCAACGUUGUGUUUGCGAUCCUCAUGGUCUUCCUGAUCAUCUUCACGUGCAACCCGGUCAGCGCAUCUUUCCAGCCGCCGCCCAUGCGACGGAAGGCGCAGUGUCUAAACUACUACACGAUCCAGCGGGUGGUUCCCGCCGGGAGUGCAGUGCUUGAUUUCCUCGUGUGGGUGCUGCCCGUGGUCCUCGUCGUGCGCGUGCAGUUCCUGGGUUGGAAGAAGAAGACUAUCGCUGUGGGACUGCUGGGGAUGGGCGUGAUCGCGUGCAUUGCCGGUGUCAUGCGCGUGGUGAUCUUGUUCCGCACGCCCGGCGGUAGGGAUCCGAGUAGGAGAGCGCCCGUGUUGGGGUUGUGGACGUCGGCUGAGAUCGCGAUGGGGAUUGUGGCCGCCAGUGCUCCGGCUUUGUGGCCGCUGGUCAUCAUGGUCGUGAGAGCUUUCACGGAGAAGACACCGAGUUUCAGGUUCUGGAAUCGGCCGGCAUCAUCGGCGGAUGAAGAGAUUGCGGCCCAGCCAAUGAGGCAGGAGCAGCAGGGCGUCCCUAUGGAUACUAUUACGGUCUGGAAUCUCACAGUUGAAGAAGACGUCACGAUUCCACACGGGAUCAGGAAUUAUAAGAGUCAGGAGCCGUUGUUCGCGGAAGACAGGCAGAACCAGUGA